CGCCGAAGUUCGUAGAGUAAACUUGUGCUAGUAUUUAAUGAGCUCUAUCAUCGGUCCAAAAAUGUUUCCUACGAAAGGCAAUAACGAUUAUAUGAAUGAAAUGAAUCGUUUGUUCCCUCGGAACGCAGAAAAUGAUGUCUACCAGUUUCCUCCCACAAUGCCGAGCCAAAAUUUCUCAUCACCGUUCCGGCAGUCAACACCAGUCAACCACUCUUCAAGCUCUGCUGACUCCCUGUCACCAGACUCCUUUCCAGACAUGUCACACCGUUCAGACACUGACAGACCAGCAUUUGACACUCCAUACAUAGUCAGACACCAAAGACCGAUCAUUGGACGUAAAAUAUUUGACAAGCCGGAACCACCAACGGUGAGGCAAAUUAUGAAAAUGAAUGAACAUGACAUAGAAUUCCCUAAUACAAUAUGGCAGCCAGAUGAUCACCAUUUAUUCCCACCGACACCACCAAGUAUUGGUACAGAGCAGAAGAAUUAUACUCAGAACGUCUUCUAUGAGCUAUUUCCAGCAGAAAAGAGGGAAUUCGAGUUCAAGCCACCAGCUUCUACACUGUCCCCUAUAUCAAACUAUAGCCAAGCUUCACCAAGGUUUUCACCAACAUUACCGAGUACACCAAAAUCUGUAUACGUUGGGCCAACACAUAUGCAGCCAACAUUGCCAUUUAAGCUGCCAAGACAGCCAAACUUUAGGCCAACUUCUUCGAGAGACCAAGAGAUGAUUAAACCGAAGAUGUGUACCUUUUGUCGCAAGAAUGGGGAGACUCCAACUGUGUAUAUGACUCAUAAUGUAAGGGAAAAUGUUGACAAUAAGAAUAUUGUGUCCUGUCCAAUUUUGAGGUCACAUGUUUGCUCUAUUUGUGGAGCUUUUGGAGAUAAUGCUCAUACCAUCACAUACUGCCCGGUGCUUCGCAGCAACAAUAAUGGCCGACCACUACAGUCUACCACUAUAACUCUAAAGAACACAAGGAUUAAAAGCAAUGGUAGGAGAAGGUAUUAAUUUAUUUACUAUUUUCAUAUACAUACAUAUAUUUUUAACCACUUCACUGUCCACGAUGCAGACACAAUGGUUAAACAAUUGGUGUGUAUCACAUAUAACUCAUUGGAUAGGAGGGAAUUUAUUCAAUUUUAUUACUUUCGACAAAGAGAUUAUUGUGAUUAAAAUAUUAAAAUGAUGCCAAGUUCUAUGUGCCUUUAUUAUAUGACAAAAAAAAAUAUUGUGAUACAUAAUAAUUAUUCAAAAUGUGUGACACUAAUGACUAAUUUGAUAUCAUUUCAUUAGUUAGGUAAACAGCUGUUAAACAGCUACAAAUGAUUACAUAAUAUAGUUAGUAAUUUUGUUUCUAAACUUAAAAACAAGAUAUGCAUGACCCCCUAGAUUUUUCAAAUUCUCCGAAUUAUUGUUAUUGUUACCUCAAAUAUCUAGAUGGUCAU